AACCUUUUUUGGGAGUUCAGUAGACUACCUAUUUUAUUUAGAGUGUACCAUCUCCUUAUAUUAUACCAGAUUUACCAUUAAGAAUUCAACAAAUUAUUGAUAAAGGUGAAAUAGGUGAAUUCCGUAGUCAUACAAAUGCACGUCGACUUUUACUUGAUACAAUUUUUAAUGAUGUGACAACCGAAUAA